AUGCGGGCCCGCUACUGCCGGCCCGCAGCCGAGUUUCAACUCAAGUCGGUGAGCCGCUGCGGCCCGCACCUCAAGUAUAAGAACCCGACGGAGCGCGACACGUGCCCCGCGCCGCCGCCAAAGCCGCCCAAAGACGACCGUUUGUUCUGGGGCGCGCUUACUAUGCUGGUUUUGGCGGGAGGGUUUGCUUUCUACGCCAAACAGUCCCCAGAAGUCCGAGACUGGCUCACGCUCCACGCGCCAUGGUUCGACGACUUCAUAGCCAUAGCCUAUGAGGAGAACAUGACCUACAAGGAGUUUGCUGAACAGUGCGUUGAUGAUCUGAAGAAGUACAUCAACGAUUACUCCGAAGAUAGGAAGCCUAAGCAGUGUUCUUUGGAUGGGGAUAUCAAGCCUGUUGAAGCUGCUCCACCACCACCACCUAAAGAUGAAGGGAGUGAUGAGAAACCAAAAUGCGAGGUUCUACCACCUCCAGUGAUCACGAAGGGAAUUUGCGAGAUCGAGGAGUGCAUAAAAGAUCUUGGAGAGGCCGUCAUCAACAACUACAUUACUGCUAAGGACGCUUGCAAUUAUUAUAACACGCUGGUAGAAGAUACCAUGGUGAAUUUCUGUAUGACAAAACUUAAAGAAAUACAUGGCGCAAAAGCCGAACGUCUGGAUUUGGUUCAACAAUCAUCGGACAAUAUUUGCGAUGCUACGACCAAGAUGGACGAGUUAUCCCGCUAUCUGGAGUGCGGUGUGCAAGCGCCCAAGGAGCACAUCAACGCGGUCAGAGGCUUGAUAACAGACCUCCGUGAUAAGAUCUCGGCAGCCCGCAUGCAGUACCAGUGGGAGAACGACAAGUCGGUUGCGUUGGAUGCGCAAGUUGACAAGGUCGAAGAGCUAGUGACCAAGUACACCGAUGAGAACCAGACCUUGUUCUCCGGACUGCGAUACGACCACAAGAAGCCGGUGCUACAGGGGGACCCGGAUCUAUUGUUAUACCACACUUUUAGAUAUGCGACAAAACUGCAAGUCGAGCUUUGCGAAGCAUCAGCGGGCAUGACUGAGAGAAUCAAUCGAGGGCUCGAAACACUACCACAGACUGAGAAAGACCUGAAAAAUAGAAACUACGCGAUACAAGCCGAAUACAAAAAGAGGAAGUAUGAGUUGGACAGGGAAUACAGGAAACGGGCUGAUGACCAAAGAGCCAAUAACGAUAAGACUCUGAAAGACGCUUUGAAGAAGCAGCUGGAGAGACACGAAGAGCAAUUGCAGAUAAAGUUGGCGCAGAAGGAGAAAGAGACAACAAUAAAACUGAACAAGAUGGUAGCAGAGAAAGUAGCAGCUGAGAAGAAAAUAUUCGCGAACCAACUCGCUGAAAUGGCGGCCAAGCUGAAGAUCGUUGAAGACAAAUUGAAUGCAAGGCUAAAGGCAGAGAGAGAAACGCGCCGCUCGCAGCAACUAUGGGAAGCCGGUGCGUCUUUACUCGCAGCGACCAAGAAAGGAGACAAGGUCAUCAGGGUUGACAAGGAGCUGAAGGCAAUCGAAAACGCUUCAGGUGAUGAUGACAAACUAGUGAAGACAGUCCUCAAAGCGAUCCCAGAGUCGGUGCGCACCAACGGCAUAGUACCAGAGAGCGUUCUGAGAGAGAGGUACCAUAGAAUGGAGAAGGCGGCGCUGAGGGUGGCCUUGGUGGAGCAGGACGGGGGGCCGCUGCCGAUCUACUUCCUGUCCUGGCUGCAAUCCAUGAUGCUCUUUAUGAAGCUAUCAUGCAUUCCUCAAGCCGAACAAGAUAAAUUACCACAGGAGCCGUUCCAAGGUCUAGACACGUUUGACUUACUGCGGAGAGCUAGAUUCUGGAUAGAACGGGGUAACUUAGCGGCUGCACUGCGCUACGUUAGUUCACUAGAGGGCGCGUCUAGACUGGCAGCGUCCACGUGGUUCGAUGCCGCACGUUCACAUCUGGAGACCAGGCAAGCGGCCGAGGCGGUGUUGGCCCACGCCGCUGCAUUGGGCCUGCAGUAUAUUUAGACGACCUGUUACUACUGUGAUGGACCUGUAAGUAUUAGACCUGCACUGUACUAUGUCAUUUCACUAGAGGGCGCGUCUAGACUGGCAGCGUCGACCUGGUUCGAUACCGCACGUUCACACCUGGAGACCAGGCAAGCGGCCGAGGCGGUGUUGGCCCACGCCGCUGCAUUGGGCCUGCAGUAUAUUUAGACGACCUGUUACUACUGUGAUGGACCUGUAAGUAUUGGACUUGCAC